CGGUGGAGGGUCGGCAGGUGGAGGAGGCCAUGCUGGCGGUGCUCCACACCAUCCUGCUGCACCGCAGCACCGGCAAGUUCCACUACAAGAAGGAGGGAACCUACUCCAUCGGCACCGUGGGCACCCAGGACGUGGACUGCGACUUCAUCGACUUCGCCUACGUCCGCGUCUCCUCUGAGGAGCUGGACCGGGCGCUCCGCAAGGCUGUCGGGGCCUUCAAGGACGCGCUGCGCAGUUCGGGCAGCGACGGGAUGGGGCAGAUCUCCCUAGAGUUCUACCAGAAGAAGAAGUCGCGCUGGCCCUUCUCAGACGAGUGCAUCCUCUGGGAGCUGUGGACCAUCAAGGUGAACGUGGUGAACCUGGCUAACGAGCAGGAGCGGCAGAUCUGCCGGGAGAAGGCGGGCGAGAAACUCUGCGAGAAGAUCAUCAACAUCGUGGAAGAAAUCCUCUGCGGGGGUCUGGACUCGGCCAGGCUG